CAAUGUCCAUGGCAAGAAAUAUAGAUAUAAUCUUUUUUUUCAUUCAUUCUUUUAGAUUUCGAAAAUUGUCAAUCCCACAGGCACAGAUUAAACUUUCCUCUAGUGUUCCUCAAUCUGACUUCCCCUUCUUAUCUUUCCGCUGGAGUAUUCUCUGUGUCUACUCAAUGGAUAUUUUCCUUCAGGCCAUCCUUUUACUGAUGUCGUUUUCAAUUUACGUGCUAUCUGAUCCUUAUUUCCUUUCCCUAUUUUACCUCCCAUAUUUGCCUAUCUUCCGCAGAUUCUUUCACUCGGAUUGUUCAUUUCUCCGACCAUUAUAUUGGAAGCGUCUCCUCUGAAGAUUUCUUCUCUCAAGCAAUGACUACCCACCACCUAUAUGCUGGGAAUGACAAUACUUCUUUCAUCGAUUGUGAAUGUUUUUGGUCCUGCAUGCUAAUGAGGUAACGGUAGCCACAGCACUCGUAGAUCACGCUGGGACUUCGAGCUGAAAAGACGGGGACCUCGCUGAGCGCACACACACACAGACACACAGACACAUUUAUACUAGUUGAUGCAGAAUUUGAUACAUCAAAGGCAGAGGCGACUGAUGUUGUGUACACUUAUUCUGUCGCUGUCGUCUGGUACAAAGUGCACAGAAUGGCUGGCUGAAAGGAGAGGAUAAUGAUAAGUUGGAUGUGUUUCUGUGGCUGAUUGCGAUCACUUCAAGAGAAUACUGAUUAGUGUAGUCUGUGACGACUGUGAAUAAGUGUAGAAAGAACAUAAAGCCGGCGGUCUGGGGUAAAACAAACAAAGAGGAAGAGGUAUGACAAACGUCUUCUCUUUCUGCAUUUCAACCUUCUACGAUUACCGUUAUAUUGAUACGCAAUACUCGAGACUGUAAAAAGAAAAAGAGGAAUAGUUUCAGAUGUGAAUAUUGACUUGUUUGCUUUUAUCCGUUUGUGAAAAUGACUUUGGAGCUUUCGAAUGUUUUUGACGUGGCAAAAGUAUAUUAUUAAAUGAAAAGUUAGACACGGUGAAAAGGUGAAUGGAUUAUUCCGACUCAGCAGCUUAUAGCUUGAAGAGUGUUUCAAAUUUCCAUUCACAAACAGUGUCUAUGAAUGCAGCUGAUUCAAUGGUGUAAAUGGACGAAACUUCUGUUUAGUUUCUUAGUGACUAUCGCGAUAUCUUGAGUGACCUCUAGUCAUUCCUUCGACGCCUGGAUCUUCUGGCACUGACAUUAUUCACAAUCCCUCGACUUAAUGCUGACCAGACGGAGCAACUUCACAGCGCGGAAUGUUUACCUCUCGAGAACAGUGUCAACUUACCAACUAGAUAGUUGGUGGAACUCGCCGGGAUCUUCAUGACUGGCAUAAUAUUAUCCUUAUUCGAGGAGAUACGUGGGCUUAAGCUAAUCAUAUUCAGGAGAGACAUUGUCUACGUUACAGUGUCUGGACUCCGAUAUUGGCAGUUAGGAUGUACUGUGUGGUAACAUGUACGGUCUCUAAGUGGAGUAUUGACAGGUCCUGUGAUUAUUGUAUCGAUCAUUUCUUAUCGUAAGACGGUCCUUGGAUACAUUUCCUCCAGGUGAGCCUCUUGUGGACUAAGGAGUAUUAUAGUAUCACCCCUUCCGGGAUAAAGUACAGAUUGAUUUCGUUUAAAAAGAAAAGAAACAGAAUGCUCAUCCCAAUAUCAUUUCCCCUCUAUAAACUCUGUUGUGAGAAGUUUCAAAGAUUCGCGUGUUGAAUAGUUUCACUGACAAGAAUAAAGAGGAAAACAUUUUCACCCCAAGCAGCACUACGUUUCGUCACAACUUGUGCUGCCAUUGAAUAUCAGCACUGCAAUAAUACAUAUCAAUUAUAUGCACUCCCUCCUACACUUUGCUGGAACGACAAAACAAUAGCAUAUAUUACCCAACAAAAAAGACAUCAGCAAAAAGCUCACACAGUCAACCAUUGUUACCUUAACAAAGGUCAAAAGGCGAAAAUCCCAGAGGCUGUCCAAUCGAUUGCUCUGCUAUUACCUAACCAUUUACUGCACUUGACAUUUCAUCAGCAAACAACCUGAACCUCUUCACUUGUGACCUUGACCUUCCAAAAUGUCCAUGAUGAACGAGAUCAACCUGAAGGUAAACGUCUCUUACGGCGACUCGUCCAUCAAUGACGAGACGAGCGAGGAGACGACUCUCAUCCUCUUCAUCUUCUGGGGCAUCUUCCUUCCGAUGAUCGCCCUUGUAGGGCUGGUGGGCAAUAUCCUCACCAUCAUCGUCCUGUGGCGUCGAGAGAUGCACUCCACCACCAUCCUUUACCUCCGCGGCCUCGUGCUCACAGACACAGGGAUACUCAUCGGUUCUGUGAUUACCCUCACUCCGAUAAGUUGUGCAAACUAUCUGCGCGGAGAUCUGGACUUCUUCAAGGACCGCGUGUACCCGAUGUACUAUUCGCCCGGCUACUACAUCAUCAUGGCUCUGCAGCAAGCCAACGUGUGGAUCACCGUCUCGGUGUCCAUGGAGCGAUACAUCGCCAUCUGCCACCCGUUCCGGGCAGCCAGGCUCAUCACCCGGAGGAAAACCAUUCUAGUCAUGGUCGUCAUCGUGGUCGUUUCCCUGCUGUACAACAUCCCUCAUCUUUUAGCCACGCACGCCACAGAGUGCCAGUACGGGGCAGCUGAAGCUGCUGAAGAUGUUGCAACUACUGCUGGUUCUGUGACCGCCGACGGGGUUUUUUCCUCAGCGACUUUCGCACCGAGUUCUGACGUCCCCGACACAACGACCAGUGACGUUCUGAUCUCAGGCGUUAUGGACAAUAGUGGGUCACAGGCGAUGUCUUCUAUAACCCCUACAGCUGGGCCCUCCGGGAACCUAGAAAGUAGUACCCAUUCUCCAGAGCUCCCACCGCGGCCAAUAUGUUACCAGGUGUCCACCACUGAGUUUGGUGCAACAGAGUUCUACAAGUUCUACCGGACUAUCAUGUACACUGUGGUUAUCUACGUCAUCCCCUUCCUAGCGCUCGUUUUCCUCAACAGUUUCCUCAUCAAGGAACUUAUGAAUAUGCAGAGACGAAGGAGCGGGACUAACAUGCAUGAUGAAAACGAAGCCAACUUGAGCAUGGUUCUCGUCCUCAUCGUCAUCGUCUUCAUCCUCUGCCAGACGCCCGGUCUCAUCUCGCAGUUCGACGUCAUCUCCAUCAAAGUUUUCUUCAUCUGGCUGGCCGUGAGCAACGUUCUCUUCACCACCAACUCGGCUGUGAACUUCCUCAUUUACACGGCGUUCGGCCGAAAGUUCCGCAGCGUUCUUCUGCGACUUUUCCGCCGGUUCUACCACGGAGGAAGGCGACAGUCUAUGUGCAACUAUCGGACCACACAAGUCACCAACGACUACGAUCCCUCCAACAUGAACGAUACCCAGUACAGCUCCAUACGGUCGAACAAAAGUCAAGGGAAAAAUGGCGGGACGCCAGCUGGUGGGACGAACGGCGUCCAUGAGAAUCUUCAGUUGAACAAUUUGUCGAGAUCUAACAAUAACGAGAAUAACGGUAAUGGCGUCGUUGGUAACGGGAAUGUACAAGGAGGGAUGGGUAGUUUGAAAAGGUCUGAUUUGUCUCCGACACCGGAGUUGGAGGAGGAUUCUGAAGAUGUGAGAAUCAACGAAAGGUCACCUUUGACCUAUCACUCCGGGAGUCAAGAAGUCAUAAAGAACGAGAAUGUUGCGGAAAAUGAUGAGUUUGUUAAUAUGGAUGGAGUGGAUAUCCCUUCUUUUGAUGAUAACGGGGGUGUUAAUUCCAUACAAGAGAAAACAAAAUUUGGGGAUUCAAAGGGAGAAUCUAACGACAGUGUCAAGUGAGACGGGUGGAUCACACUUGACCACUUAAGCACACGAAAUCCAAACUGAUAUACAGCUGAAAUCUCUUGAUAUUAAAGGAACUAAAAGUGCUGCCGCUUGUGGUCUGUUUAUGCGUUAGGCUCUAUGUCUACUACGUAAAGGGCAGGAGCUCGAUUCUUAAGUUGAGCAAAUGUGUUUAUUGUGUGUCUCCAUCUUUACACUGAGAUGCUCAUAUGUAGUAUCUCACACAGCCCACAUCCUAAUUUAUCUAAAUGUUGCUGGGUUUGGUGGUGUAUACGGCAUAGAUCAAUACGAGUGUGUUAUAUCUUUGACUAAGCAUGGUUUGACAAUGAUCAUUGAGCGUUGCUCACAAUAUACCCGUUGGUCAAACAAGACUACGUGCCUCCAUGUCAAGAUCAGGAAUGGGUUCCUCUACAUGGUAUGAAUAAUCCUAUAGUGUACCUGUCCACUCAUUUACUAGAGGAGCAGGGCCAAACGGACGAGAAAUUAAACCCCUCAGAAUGAUACUAUCACAACGUCCCCUUCCACUAAUACCGUUGGAUAUCUCGGGUAGAGACAUACGUCUGUCUGCAGCUUGGUGUAAGGUUUGGAGGAGAGACAGGCUGUUCAAAGAUCUGCAUAAAAGUCUGCCCAGCGUUGUCUUGGUCUUCCUCCUGAUUCAAGUGUUGGAUUUUCAGAAGGAAAUUCAGAUAUUACGGUAUGCUCCUUGAAGUCAUGAUUCCAGGAAUGCCGUAAGACUUGGAUAGAAGCGCUCAGUUUUCGAGAAUGAGAUUAAAACCAAACAUAAUGUCAAAGACAUCGUUACCCCUACGAGUGAGCCGAUUCUGUGCCUCUGAAAUAUCAUGUCCCAGUCGGAGGCUGGUGGUACAGCAAGUUACAAACGUAAUAGCCAGCUCUGGGAACGUUAAGCUCAAAACUUAGUGGGGUUUGGAUUGUAUUUCUUGUCGUUCUUGCAGUAUCGCCUCUCGCCGAAGUGCUCUGACAAAAAAGAGCGCCUCCCCGCCCCCCUUUCUGUUCGAACUGACUUAUACUGUGUCUACUUCGGCCUUUAUCUUCAACAAAAUCAAAGUUCGAUCAAAUUGGAGCUGUACUCACCAUGCGGCCUGUGCUCUUGUUCUGGCGCCUCAAUGAGCGGAAUGUCUGCGAGAACAAAAACUAACGGUGCUAUCAGACAGCAGACGGCGUUCAGAAAAACGGGUGUCUUCAUGCGGGUUUAUUUUCUUCCAGAACGUGGACAGGUGAGGAAGGGGUUAACUCCCAUAUCAGAGUUUUCACAACACGCCAUUGAGUGAGGAAUCUCAAGCUUGCCGAGAUACAGAGAUGUACUCUUAUACCUUUGCUCUAGUGUUGAGCGAAAUAAUUACAAGGACGAGAACGGAAUGGCAGUAGUAACAGAAAAAACGUGACCUUCAAAAGGUGCUUGCUACUACCUGUGAGAGACACCUUUGUGUAAUUUUGAGUAACCAGUAUUGUGUAUCGAAAUGUAUUUCAUGGAAAAACAAUUCCUCUUCAUAAAAGCGUGCCAAAGUGUGCGGUAUGGCU